CUGAAAAUUUGUUAACCAUCACAGGAAAAAAAUUACUACCAAAACUGUCAAUACCCGGAAAUGCAAAUGGCAAUAAGGAGGGAGAAAAAAACAGUAUAUGUUAAAAUCGGGCUGUUAUGGAGAGUUUACAGUCGAUCAACCCAACAAAUUAAUCAUAUCCUAUCGUAAUCUCUCCAGUAUAAUUCUGUCUUCACCGUAUCCUUCAGCAUCCUGCCAUAUACUCCAGCAGCGAGAGCCACUUAAAUAGAGGGGAGGAGGCUCACUUCUUCUCACUCUCGAUCGCUCCCGUUCCAGCUCCGGCCUUUUCCACGGCCGCCGGCGACCACCGUAUCAUCAGAGCUGCGCGCCUGUCUUGCUUGACGCGUAUCGAUCGGUUGCACUGUGACUAACUUGCUGGUUAAGCGUGGUGACGAGAGGCGGGGCAGAAUGACGCCGGUGGAGGCGGCGGAGGACUGCUCUGCCUCUGCGUGCGCGUUCUCGCUGAUUUGCGAGGAAGACGGCUCCGACCUCGGCGAUGGCGUCGUCGACGACGGCGAGUUCUUCUCGCUCUACAAUGCCAGCGACGAGGAGGAGGAGGAGGAGUACGUGGAGCAGCUGGUCUUUAAGGAGACCAGCUUCUGUUCCUCCUCCGACUCCGCUGCUGAUGUCGACGGCGACGACGACGAGGACUGCCCGGCGGCCGCCUCCGAGGAAUUGUUCCUGGAAGCCCGCCUCGCCGCCGUCAAGUGGAUUCUUGAAACGCGCGGGUGCUUCGGGUUCGGCCACCGGACGGCGUACCUCGCCAUCGCCUACUUCGACAGCUUCUUCCUCCGGCGACGCGUCGAUAGGGCGGCGAUGCCGUGGGCGGCGCGGCUGCUGUCCGUGGCGUGCGUGUCCGUGGCCGCCAAGAUGGAGGAGUGCCGCGCGCCGGCGCUGUCGGAGUUCGACGCCGGCGGCGACUACGAGUUCUGCUCGGCGUCCAUCCGCCGGAUGGAGCUCCUCGUGCUGUCCACGCUCGGGUGGCGCAUGGGCGCCGUCACGCCCUUCGACUACCUCCCCUGCUUAUCGUCCCGGCUCCACCAGCACGACGGCGGCGACCAUGGCGGCGCUCGUGUCGCCCUCAAGGCCAUUGGCUUCGUCUUUGCCACGGCUGAAGCUGGUAGUGUGCUUGAUUACAGGCCAUCCACUGUGGCUGCAGCAGCAAUCUUGGCUGCAUCCUAUGGACCUCUACUGACCAAAGAAGCACUGGAUUCCAAGAUGAGCUAUCUUUCUCCAUCCUGUCUUAUUCAGAAGGAGCAUGUACAUGCCUGCUACAGUAUGAUGGUUGGGGACAUGAACCGGAGUAACAAGAGAUCAUUGCCAUGUUCAGGCUCCAAUGAGGUUGCCACUAGUACAUAUGAUUCUGUUCUUGUUGAUGAUGUUACCGACACCGCCGCCUUUGCGACGGCGAGGAAUAAGCGGAUCAGGCUGGAGCUGCCGGGCAUCCGUUGAGAAGCUAGCACCACCGGGGACACAAGUUUUAGCCAGAUGUCUAGGGGGGCUUGGUUUUAUCUUCCCUUUUUUGUUUCAUUCUUUUUCCUCCUUUUUAACUUAUAUGUUUGCAAAAAAAAAAAAAAGAUUUUUAGGUUCUUUGAGCCACUGCCAUGGGUUGGCAUUGGACAUCCUGUUGGGUUGGAUUGGUUUGGUUUGUGAGAGGUGGAAGAAAUGAACAAAGCAGAGGGCUGAGCUUUCCUAUGGAGAGGAGAGCUUGAGUUCAGCCCAAUGCCGGUGCACAAAUGCCGGUGCACAUUUCCAGUGAACUUUACUCCAAAGUUGCACUGCUUGAUCUGCCAUUGUGGAUGCCAUGUUGCAUUGCAGUUUGCAUAUGGUGAGAUGCUGCGGCUGCUGCUGUUGCAGAGAAGUUGCAAAACAAUUGGUAACAACACUGAAAGGAUGGGGUUUUUGCCAUUGUUUAUAGGAGAUCAGAGCUGUUUCCCUUUUUUCACUUCUGCAAGUGGAUGUGUGUGUGUGAGUGGUGUUUCACUCAGCUGCACUGCCCUUGCAUGGGUUGCAAUGGUUUGUAACAAAACCUUGUGGAGUGGUUGUGUACUUCUGUAACCCCUCCUGUUCCUGAGGAAUGGAAUCAGAUUGCAUGUUGUGCAUGCCUCUGCCUGAGUGUAGACUUCAUCAGUUCUGCUGACUGCUGCAAAUUUUCAGUGCCACUCAUUCAGUUCGCGACCAUGCCAGCGCUUCUUCUUACUCUGCCUUUUAUCAGGAGAAUCCAAUGCAACCUUUUCCCUGUUACAUUGCAGGCAGCUUAGCUAGUACAUACUUGAUGAAUUUUGGCCAAACCCCACUGUUGCACAGCACUUCCACAUAUGUGUAAAAUAAGAU